UUCGCCAAAAUUUUCAGAGAGUCACGAGUCACCUCUCACCUUCCCUACACAAUACACAAACUCUCUCUUUCUCAUAUACAUAUUUGUAGAUUUUAUUCAUAUUCGUCUCUGCAGAAAAACCACUGGUUCUUCAUCGAUUUGUGUUUACUGGUUUUGAUUGGCUAUGGAGCGGUUGAUCAAGCUCUCGGAAAGCUCAUUUUGCAUUCAUUUAUUGCAAAGCAAAUCAGGGUGAUACAAGAUACGUAUAAAUGGCGAUAUUCAGGCGUAGAAAAGGCGCCAGUGGUAGAAGGCCUCAAUCGGACGAGAAGAAGGAGACAUUGACCAAGGAAUCGGAGGAAAAAUCGGAUUCAAAACUCAAUUCGCAGCGGAGCUCGCCUCCGGCGGCGGCGGCGAGGAGGAAACGGAAUUGUGUGGAUAGGUGCUGCUGGUUCGUCGGAUGCAUUUGCUCGAUGUGGUGGUUUUUGUUGUUCCUGUUCAACGCAAUGCCGCAGUACGUAACGGAGGCGAUUACGGGGCCGCUGCCGGAUCCGCCAGGGUUGAAGUUAGCCAAGGACGGGUUGCAAGCGAAGCAUCCGGUGGUUUUCGUCCCCGGGAUAGUGACGGGGGGGCUCGAAUUGUGGGAUGGGCACUCUUGUGCUGAGGGGUUGUUCAGAAACAGGCUGUGGGGUGGAACAUUUGGUGAAGUCUACAGAAGACCCUUGUGUUGGGUUGAGCACAUGUCACUGGAUAAUGAAACUGGACUAGAUCCUCCUGGCAUAAAGAUCAGACCUGUUUCUGGACUUGUAGCAGCUGAUUACUUCACUCCUGGGUACUUUGUGUGGGCACUUUUGAUUGCCAACUUGGCUCGUAUAGGAUAUGAGGACAAGAAUAUGUUUAUGGCAGCAUAUGAUUGGAGGCUUUCAUUUCAAAAUACUGAGGUUCGAGACCAGACUCUCAGCAGAAUGAAAAAAAACAUAGAGCUCUUGGUUACGGUUAAUGGUGGUAAAAAGGUGGUAGUAGUACCACAUUCAAUGGGUGCUCUGUAUUUCUUGCAUUUUAUGAAAUGGGUGGAGGCACCUGCACCAAUGGGUGGUGGUGGUGGACCAAAUUGGUGCGCAAAGCAUAUAAAGGCUGUAAUGAACAUUGGUGGACCUUUUCUAGGUCUUCCUAGAGUAGUUUCAGGAUUAUUUUCUGCUGAAGCCAAGGAUAUUGCAGUUGCAAGGGCUGUCGCACCAAAUAUUUUGGAUAAGGAUGUAUUUGGCUUUCAGACUUUACAGCAUGUGCUGCGAAUGACUCGUACUUGGGACUCAACAAUGUCGAUGUUACUCAAGGGUGGGGAUACUAUCUGGGGUGGAAUUGAUUGGUCCCCUGAAGAAGGUCACAUAUGUAGUCCAAAGAAGAAUGGUUAUGAUCAAACAACGGGUGAUAACAAGACUCUGAAUUUGACCACUUAUAGUCGCACAAAGUAUGGAAGACUGAUAUCAUUUGGAAAGGAAGUGGCUGAUUUGCAUUCAUCAGAGAUUGAGAGUGCUGAUUUUAGGGGUGCUAUCAAGGGUAAUAAUCUUGCAAACACAACAUGCCGUGAUGUAUGGACAGAGUACCAUGAUAUGGGCAUCGAUGGGAUCAAAGCAGUUGCUGAUUAUAAGGUCUACACAGCUAAUUCAAUGCUGGACUUGCUAUAUUUCGUUGCCCCAAAGAUGAUGAAGCGUGGUGGUGCACAAUUUUCAUAUGGAAUCGCGGAUGAUCUGAGUGACAAAAAAUAUGAUCAUUACAAAUACUGGUCAAAUCCUCUUGAAACAAAAUUACCAGACGCCCCAGACAUGGAGAUCUUUUCAAUGUACGGAGUAGGUAUCCCUACUGAACGAGCAUACAUAUACAAGCUGAGUCCUAGUUCAGAAUGCACUAUUCCUUUCCAAAUUGACACCUCAGCUGAUGGUGGAUCCAAAUGCCAUUGUCUAAAAGGAGGAGUAUAUUCCAUAGACGGAGAUGAAACUGUACCAGUUCUAAGUGCUGGAUUUAUGUUUGCUAAAGGUUGGAGGGGAAAGACCAGAUUUAAUCCCUCGGGUAUCCAUACCUUCAUAAGGGAGUAUAAUCACGCCCCUCCUGCAAAUUUACUACAAGGCAGGGGAACCCAAAGUGGAGCCCAUGUUGAUAUAUUGGGAAACUUUGCUCUAAUUGAAGAUAUCAUCAGGAUUGCAGCAGGUGCAACUGGAGAAGACAUAGGAGGAGACCGAGUGCACUCAAAUAUAUUCACAUGGUCCGACAGGAUUAAGCUAGAGCUGUAGAUGCCGUUGUAGCUUGGCUUGGUUAUAUAUGCUCUAUUUAUAUGAUCAUUCAAUCAGCAUCAUCCCAUGCUUGCAUGAUUGUGAUUUUUCAGCUGCUAAUUCUUCAUCCCGCUGUUAAAUAACAUUCUUGAUGCUCCAUUUCCUGGUUUGAGAGAAAGAUAUAAGCAUUUUGCCUCUGUUCGUGCAGAUGAAAUCACCAAGAUGAACAAGUGCAGAAAGCAGGUUCAAAGGUAAUUUGCUUCUGCAAAGUAGACUUGUGAGUUUUACUGAAACAAUAAUAAGUACAGCUGGGUGCAUGUGUUGUAUUAGAUAGUUUAAUUUGUAAUGUGAAUUUAUUAAAUUUGGACUGGAUUAAAGUAAUUGUUUGCAAGAUAAUGUGUGAGAGUCACUUCUCUUUCUCUCUCAA